CACUGGUUUUGCAGUUAACGGGACCGUCAGUUCCAACUUUUAAGGUUAGUUCUCAACGUGAAGUUUCUCCUUUCAACUUCUCCAAUCUUCGGCACCGUCACCAUGGUCGAUGCUUUCGUUGGAACCUGGAAGCUCGUUGAAAGCGAGAAUUUCGAUGCAUACAUGAAAGCUUUGGGUGUGAGUUUCGCUACUAGACAAGUCGGGAAUGUUACCAAACCGACGAUUAUCAUCAGCAAAGAGGAGGAUACGGUGGCGUUGAAGACCCUGAGCACCUUUAAAAACACCGAAAUCAGUUUCAAACUAGGAGAAGAGUUCGACGAAACCACGCCGGAUGACCGAAACUGCAAAACAACGAUAACAUUGGAAGGUGAUAAGCUUGUCCAUGUCCAGAAAUGGGAUGGAAAGGAAACUAGUUUUGUCAGGGAAAUCAAGGAUGGUAAAAUGAUUAUGACUCUAACAUUUGACGAUGUCGUUGCGGUUCGUACCUAUGAGAGGGCAUAACGUUCCAAGGGAAGGCCUGUACCCUUGUCAGAGCAAUCGGGUCCAGUUUAUUGGGCUCAUGGCAGUAUUUGAAAUCUGGAACUGUUCUUCCUCCGACUGUACUGUGACUUCUAUGGAUUUCCAGCGAGGAGCCAAUCUACGAACCUCUUUUGUAACAGGAUACGAAAUACUGCUUAUACGUUGUAAAAAUUAACAGAAUAGCUUUUUUUAAUACCUGUACAUCACUUAUCCACGUUUUUAUUUUUUAUAAAACGGAACUUAGUCGCGGAAGGCCUGUGUUUUAGUCAGACUGAAGAAGUUGAAGCGGUCAAUAAACGUGUUGCUCUGGAA